GAGCGAAUAUUCCAUAAGGAGAUCCAAUACCCCCUUGUCACUGUCACGGUGACGGUGACGGUGACGGGGAUCCGUCACAAUUCCAUCGCUUAAAUACCCUCUUCAAACCCUUUUCUUCCCACCAACAAUUCUACCAUAAACCAACUCAACCAUCAUCAAUAACCACAACAACCACAACAAUGGCUGUCAAAGCCGGUAUUCAUUUCUCCGACUUGCCACAUCUUGAUCAGGUCCACGACGCCACCGCCUCGUUGUCGGUCUACGCCACCCGUAUCCCCACCGGAGUGGAUGUGAGUAAUGUACGGAAAGGUUUACCGAAAUUCACGGUGGUCGGUCACCGGGGUCAUGGGAUGAACAUCUUGCAGUCAACGGAUAAGAGAAUGAAAACUUUUAAAGAGAAUUCAAUUCUUUCGUUCAAUAAAGCUGCUGAUCAUCCACUCGAUUUCAUUGAAUUUGACGUUCAGGUGACAAAAGACGACACACCGAUUAUUUUCCACGACAAUUUCAUCAUCUCUGAAGAGAAUGGCAAUGUAGUUGAAAAACGGGUCACCGAUCUGACAUUGGAUGAGUUCUUCAGUUAUGGUCCUCAGAGAGCAAAAGAUGAGGUGGGCAAGUCUUUGCUAAGGAAAUCAAACGGAAAGAUUGUGCGUUGGGACGUUGAGAUCGACGAUCAUUCUUGCACAUUGGCCGAAGCUUUCCAAAAAGUGAACCCUUGUUUGGGAUUCAACAUUGAGUUGAAAUUUGAUGAUUAUGUUGUUUAUGAACAAGAGUAUCUCAUUCAUGUUCUUCAAGUAAUCUUGAAGGUGGUGUAUGAAAAUGCCCAAGAAAGACCUGUACUUUUCUCUAGCUUCCAGCCUGAUGUAGCCUUGCUGAUGAAGAAACUUCAGCAUCAAUACCCGGUGUACUUCUUGACAAAUGGAGGAAACGAGACAUACGACGAUGUUCGAAUGAAUUCGUUAGAAGAAGCAAAGAAUCUAGCCAUAUCGGGCGGAUUAGAUGGCGUUGUUUCAGAAGUAAAGGGUAUAUUUAGAAACCCUUCCGUAGUAAGAGAAAUCAAAGAAUCAAAUCUAUCCCUCCUAACUUAUGGAAAACUAAAUAAUGUCCCUGAAGCUGUUCAUGUUCAGUAUCUUAUGGGUGUAGAGGGUGUGAUUGUGGAUUUAGUAGAAGAAAUUACAAGUGCUGUUGCAGGUUUAAAACCAGGAUUGGAAGAAGGAGUGCAAGGGAAAGAGAAGACAGAUAAGAUUGAAUUGUCAUUUUUGCUGAAUUUGAUUUCACAAGUGAUUCAGCAUUGAUUGUUUGUACAUUGGGUUUGGGUCGAGUCGGGUCGUGGUAGUCCAUUUGUAAAAAAUUUAUUGUAUACUGUGGGGGGAAUUGAGUUUGAUUAGGGUUAAUGAGUGGUGGAGUUCCUCUUGGAUCUCCAACUUUAGCAGGAAAAAGGUUGAUUGAUCAUCAUGAUUCAUGAUCAUUGAUUGAUACAGAUUGUGUUGUACAACCAGCUUUUGCCCUUAUAAAGGAAUUAAAAAUUACCAAAAAUUGAAUUA